GGAACAAAACUCUGCACAGUUUCCCGUCACACACACAUACACACACACACACACACACUCACACACUCUCUCUCCCACACACACACACACACACACACACACACACACACACACACACACACACACACACACACACACACACACACACACACACACACACACACACACACACACACACACACACACACACACACACACACACACACACACGCUGCUACAAUCUCCGUGCUCUCGCCGGCAUGUCUCGCCUCUCGACCCCCGGAGAAGUCUCGACACUUAGGUGAAGUUAUUGUCGGUAGUUUCGAUGCCGGACCUCAGUGUUUAUGUUCCGUCUCCUCGCAGCGGUGGGACAUCCGGAAUGGGGGAUCCGCUGUGCUGUUUGUAAAUAGAGCAGUCUGCGCACAAAUGGACUUUAAGAAGACGAAACUCGGACGGUUCAUGAACUGCAGGGUCCCGGCCAGUAAGAGAUACCAGCCCACUGAGUACGAGCACGCUGCAAACUGUGCCACACAUGGGUUGUGGAUCAUCCCCAGUCUGGUGGGCGGGUCUAUGCUCUACUUCCUGUCUCUGGACCAAUGGCAUCGCGUGGCUGCCUGGCUCUACGGCAGCGGUCUCACCGGCCUGUUUCUCACCUCAACGCUCUUCCACACCGCUGCCUGGAAAAUCAGCCACCUCCGGACUGUGGAGCAGCGUUUCCACAUGUGUGACAGAAUGGCCAUCUACUUCUUCAUCGCUGCCUCAUACUCUCCAUGGUUGAUGCUGAGGGAGCUCGGGCCCUGGGUGUGUCACAUGCGCUGGCUCAUUUGGGUCAUGGCUUGCGUCGGAUCCAUGUGUGUCUUCCUUUUCCACGAGAGGUACAAGCUGAUAGAGCUGUUGGGAUAUGUGUCCAUGGGGGUGGUUCCUGCGUUGGUCAUCCUAUCCAUGGGUGAGCGUUCAGGUGUGUGUGAGCUCGCAGUAGGAGGCGUCUUUUACACGGUGGGCGUGAUCUUCUUCAAGAGCGACGGACUCGUCCCCUUCGCUCACGCCAUCUGGCAUCUCUUUGUCGCUGCUGGAGCCUGCGUUCAUUACUACGCCAUCUGGAGGUACCUGUACUUACCGGGGCCGCCGCUGAAGACCUCCAGGUGACUGGCUGCUCUAUGAGGUCAGCUGAUCUGCAUCAUGUGACUAACUGGGAAAAACAGGACAUUUUAUCCAUGGGAACAUUGUGUUUUGACUCAUGAAGGAAAUAAAUGGUGCUGAGGUGAUCUGAUCAGAUGAAAUUCUCCACAGUUGGGGGACCAAACACUAAAAGACAUUUCAACUCGGGCUGAGCGAUAUGGAGAAAAUCAAAUAUCACAAAAUGUCUGAUCAAAUACCGUGAUAUUGAUAUUCGUACGAUAUUGUAGGGUUAACUAUUGGUGAUUUCACAAAAUACAAGUUGUUGAUAAAUCACUUCUACUAGUGUUGAUGUAAUGCCUUAGUGGUUAAAGGCAGAACAAUCAGAAACUUCAGAGAUUGACAUCGCUUCUCUGUAAUGAGGAGGCGUGUGGCGCAGUGCGUUAGUGCGUUGGUGAUCGGAUCAGGGGAUCACAGGUUCAAACCCCACUGCAGUCAGCAUGUCGUUGUGUCCCUGGGCAAGACACUAUACCCCAAAUUGCUCCUGUGGGGAUACUGUCCACAGUAUUGAGUAUGUUAGACGCUUUGGAGAAAAGCGUCUAACAAGUAACAUGUAAUGUAAGACAACACUAACAAUAACACGAUAUGCAAAAUCUAAGACAUUACAUAGUCUUAUAUCACAUUGAUAUACUGCCCAGCCCUGAUUUCAACACGCUAAUUAUUAAACUGACUGAUCAGUCAAAAUGUUUUCUGAAUGGACCAAACUUAUGAUUGAAUUCUGCUGUAUUCUGCUCGGUAUGAAUGGUCCUUUUCGUUCAUCAACUCAUGGGAGAUAUUUAUAAUGAGCCAGAAAGUUUAUAUUACCAAAAGUUCAGCAUACGGAAUAGUUUGAAAAUAUACUUAUAUGCUUAUUCACUUUCUUCCCGAGAGUUAGAAGAUGAUACCACUCUCAUGCUAAAUACGUUGCUACUUCUAGCGGCUAGUUAGCCUAGCUUACAGCAUAGAGACUGGAAACAAGGGGAAACAGCUAGCCAAUGAGCAAACUCACAAUUUUUUUAAAAUUUAAAACAAGUGUUUUGGUAUUGUAAUAAAAAACGGAUUGCCAAGUUUGAACUAAAUUUAGUAGAAAGAAAACUCAGCUAUUCUAUGAAAUUAAAGUGGUACAUUUAUAGAUUUUUUGUUUUUUAAAUAAAGUCGUAAAUGUGCCUUUUACUGUAGAUUUGAGUGUGGAAUAAACGUUCCUAUCUAAUUCUCUGCACCUAAUAAGCAAAUUAGCAUAUAACAUGUCAAACUAUUACCUCUAUGACAGACCUGAUGGCACAUGCUAAACUAUGCUAGGCUAGUAAACUCCACUCUUUUAAACAUUCCAACAGUGAAGUGCCAAAAUGUACCACUUACAUUCCUUCAUAAAGGUGCUAAACACUUACUUUACAUUAUUUUUGCCCAUUUUGCACAGCGGCAAAACAUUGAAAUAUAGAUUUGGGACUAGGACGACACACAUUGUUGUCCGAUUAGCAUAACUUUAGCUUAGCAUAACAUCAGUUUGAUUUCAAGCCAAAUACUGUCCAUUUCAGGUGAUGGAGUAGUUUAGUGUAAACAUUGAUUCUGAUAUUUGUUAAAAGGUUAGGUGGACUUUGACUGCCGAACUGUCAAACUAAAGGACGUCAUAUAUUAGCUAGGUCACACUGACAUGACUGUUGUUGACCCGCUAUUAUUCCAGAUAAAGGUCGACUAACAGGCUUUAGUAGAACUGGUCCGUGUAGUUCUGCAUAGAAAUCUAUUCCCCUACUUUACUGUAUUGUGGUUUUUAAAAGAUGAUAAAUCUAAAGCUAAUGUAAGUAACACUAACCUUCAGGGCUCAGGGUUCAUACACUUUUUCACCAAUGAUUUUCAAUGACUUCUCCAUGACCUUUACCUAAUUUUCCAUGACCACAAAAAUGACUCUUUCUCAGCGGUAGCACAUGGAACAGGAAUAUAAGGUCUGCAUAUGAAACAUGUUGUGCCUCUCUAAAACAACUCAAAUAGUAGGCUUACUAGCUUCUACAGGCUAAAGCAACUCAAAUCUCUCACCAGCAAAACACAUUGGCAUUUAAAUGCCAUUUUACGUUUCAUUACUAUACGAUACAGUAUUUAUCAUCAUAGUAUUACUAUUUUGGCGAUUAGAUAACAUAUAAAUUAUAGUUGAUGCAACUUUAAUUACAUUUCCAAAAUGUUGGGAAAAAUAUUGUGUUCCAUAACUUUUCCAGGGCCUGGAAUUAGCAUUUUGAAUUUCCAUGACUUUUCCAGGUUUUUAAUGACCGUAAGAACCCUGCUUGUUAAAUUCCCCCAAAGAUGUUGAUUAUCUUGUUAACAGGACAAUGAUUGCCAGUUGUUGUUUUUUUAGCAAUGUAUCCUUGAACACUUUUCUAUCAGUUAUUUUAUGAAGAAUUUACUCAAAUACUCGGAAAAUGACAGAAUUACCACAGUUUUAAUGAUUUAUUCUGCUUCAAACACCAUCUAGAUCAAACGUUUUCCCUAAUGUCUAGUAGCUUAAUUUGUUCAGUUUUUGCCGAAAAACAGAACACUUACUCAGGAAGAGAGCUUUGUUUUUUAAUUCAGAUGAUCUAUUUUGUUCAAUUGUAUUUUCACUAUAAUAAAGAAGAGAUUCUAUAUUACUCU